GGCAAGUACGUGGAUACGUUUGUGGCUCUAGUUUGAUUCGGGACAUAUGUGGAGCAUAUUACUAAUAUGAGGCCUGAACAGUAAGCACCACAGAACUGCAGGCAAAUCCACAAAAUAUAAUCUGUUCCACUUUUCUGGUUCUUAUAAUCCUACGAAAAUUAUCAUCAUCUUCAUAAUCAUCUGAAAUAGAGUGAAUCCAUCCUUCUGGGAUUCUUCCAACAUCAGAAACAAAGCAUCAUUUCAUUGAAUGAGCUAAGAUUUCACUACUCUUCUUCCAUUGAAGCUUGAGAGACGGAGAAAGAGAGAAAGAGAGUAAGAUCCACUAGAGUUUCUAUCCUCUCAUUCUCUCUUCUUUUACAAUGGAUUUGACUACAAAACUACACCGUAUUGACCUCCGUUCAUCUUUCAUGGCUGGUUCUUCUUCAUCACUUUUUGAUACUGGAAAAACAUCUGUUUUACCUUUGGCUUCUCAAUUUCCUACCAUUAAAGCUUCUACCUAUGGAAACAAAUUUCCCAAAUCUUUAAAAACUACUUCGCAAUCUAACCCUAGGCUUCAAACUUGUCAACUUUCUUCCAAUUCAUCUGCUCUUGCUUGUGAAACUACUAGUCCAAAUGCUCAAACUAGGGAAGAAAUUGAAGCACUUUUUUCUAAAGAUUCAGCGGAUGAGUAUGAGAGAAAAAGGGGAAGUAAGCAAUCUAAUUCUGGGGCUUCAAGUGUUUCUUCUGGGGUUAGGCUAGAAAGCAUUAGUAAGGCUUACAAAGGAGUGACUGUGUUGAAGGAUGUGAAUUGGGAAGUAAAAAAGGGAGAGAAAGUGGGUUUAGUUGGCGUAAAUGGAGCAGGGAAAACUACCCAAUUGAGGAUUAUUGCUGGGUUGGAAGAACCUGAUUCUGGGAAUGUGAUUAAGGCUAAAAACAACAUGAAAAUCUCGUUUUUGAGCCAAGAGUUUGAGGUUUCAAUGACUAGGACUGUAAAGGAAGAGUUUAUGAGUGCUUUCAAGGAAGAAAUGGAGGUUGCAGAGAAGAUAGAGAAGGUGCAAAAGGCUAUUGAAGGAGCUGUUGAUGAUUUGGAAUUGAUGGGGAGAUUGUUGGAUGAGUUAGAUUUGUUGCAGAAUAAGGCACAAGAUGUAGACUUGGUUCAGGUAGAUGCUAAGAUCAAUAAGAUGAUGCCUGAGCUUGGAUUUUUGCCGGAGGACUCCGAUAGGUUAGUGGCUUCCUUUAGUGGUGGAUGGCAGAUGAGGAUGUCAGUUGGGAAGAUUUUGCUUCAGGAUCCAGAUUUGUUACUCCUGGAUGAGCCUACUAAUCACCUAGAUCUUGACACUAUUGAGUGGCUGGAGAAAUAUCUUAACAAGGUGGACGUGCCAAUGGUCAUCAUUUCUCAUGAUAGAGCUUUCCUUGACCAGCUUUGUACCAAAAUUGUGGAAACAGAAAUGGGUGUUUCUAGGACAUUUGAAGGAAAUUAUUCUAACUAUAUCAUUUCAAAGGCAUCUUGGAUUGAAGCUCAAUUUGCUGCAUGGGAAAAGCAACAGAAAGAAAUUGAGCAAACUAGGGACAUAAUCAACCGAGUUGGUGCAGGAGUGAGUGCUGGCCGAGCAUCUACUGCAGAGAAGAAACUAGAAAAGCUUCAAGAUGAAGAGCAAGUUGAGAAGCCUUUCAUAAGGAAACAAAUGAAGAUUGAGUUUCCUGAGCCUAAGAAUAAGGAGGGCAAGUUGAUUCCAAGCGGAAAGAUAGUUGCAACAAUAAAUAACCUGCAAUUUGGCUAUGGAAAUAAUGUACUAUUUCGCAAGGCAAAUCUCACAAUUCAACGAGGGGAGAGAAUUGCUAUAAUUGGUCCUAAUGGGUGUGGGAAAAGCACAUUGCUAAAAUUAAUUAUGGGUUUGGAGAAACCUACUGCUGGUGAAGUUAAAUUAGGGGAAUACAAUGUCCUCCCGAAUUAUUUUGAGCAGAAUCAGGCUGAGGCUCUGGAUUUGAAUAAAACGGUACUCCAAACUGUUGAAGAAGUUGCGGAGGAUCAGACCAUUGAUAAAAUAAAAGGUCUUCUAGGCCGUUUAAAUUUUAAGUCUGACAUGCUUGAUAGGAAGGUCUCCCUUUUGAGUGGCGGAGAGAAGGCACGCUUGGCCUUCUGCAAGUUCAUGGUGAAAGAAUCAACUUUGCUGGUUCUCGAUGAACCUACCAAUCAUUUGGAUAUACCUUCGAAGGAGAUGCUUGAGGAAGCCAUACAAGCAUAUCAUGGCACUGUCAUUACAGUUUCCCAUGAUCGGUAUUUCAUUCGUCAAAUAGUGAACAGAGUGAUUGAGGUUAAGGAUGGAUACAUUCAGGACUAUGUUGGUGACUACAAUUAUUAUUUAGAGAAGAACCUUGAUGCAAGGGAAAAGGAAUUGGAACGUGAGGCGGAGCUUGAAGAGAAAAAUUCCAAAGUGAAAGCGAAAUCCAAGAUGUCUAAGGCUGAGAAGGAAGCCCGGAAGAAACAGAGAAUGAUGGCAUUUCAGCAGGCCAAAGCAAAAUCAAAGGGUUUAAAGAAUGCAAAAAGAUGGAAUUGAGAGGUUAUCUUUUAGUUUUUUGAAUGAAGGUCCUCUCAUCGCUACGAAACUCUUAUGUUGCUUGAACUUCACUCGGGGCUCUUUGAAAGGCGCAUGAUCUUGCACGUAGUUACAAGUUUCGAAAAAUGAAAGAACAAUUACGCCGCAAGUGAAAAUCUAUACUGAAGUUUGAGAUCAGUAAAGUGCAUACAUUUAGCUUAGAACUUGAACAAACAAUUUAUAGAUUUUGUAAAUAGUAAUUUGGUAUCCCCCUUACUCCUUUUAGCAUAUUUCUCCUCCACCCCCCAAAAAAACAAGGAUAUUUCUAACUAGUAUUAUCAUACCUUCAUUCUCUAUUGGUUUACAAGUGACUUUAGUUUCUCUA